AAUCGAUAUCAGAAUAGACAUCACAAAAGAAAUAAAUUUAAUUUGAGCUCCGUAGUUGAUAGAAAGUUUAUUGAAAAUCUAAGAAUGGAUAUAAAAUCUUUUUUGUACCAAUUUUGUGCUAAGUCGCAAAUAGAACCAAAGUUUGAUAUUCGCCAAACGGGUCCCAAAAAUCGCCAGCGGUUCCUUUGCGAGGUUCGUGUAGAGCCAAAUACCUAUAUUGGUGUGGGUAAUUCCACUAACAAAAAGGAUGCCGAGAAAAAUGCGUGCCGUGAUUUUGUCAACUACCUAGUGCGCGUGGGCAAACUGAACACCAAUGAUGUUCCAGCGGAUGCUGGUGCUUCGGGGGGCGGACCUAGGACUGGUCUGGAGGGUGCGGGCAUGGCAGGGGGCAGUGGACAGCAGAAGCGAGUGUUUGAUGGUCAGUCGGGUCCACAGGAUCUGGGUGAGGCCUAUCGCCCUCUAAACCACGAUGGCGGUGACGGCGGUAACCGCUACUCAGUAAUUGAUCGCAUCCAGGAGCAGAGGGACAUGAACGAAGCGGAGGCUUUCGAUGUCAACGCUGCCAUCCACGGUAACUGGACCAUAGAGAAUGCCAAAGAGCGACUGAACAUUUACAAGCAGACGAACAACAUUCGCGACGAUUACAAAUAUACACCAGUGGGCCCGGAACACGCUAGGAGCUUUUUGGCCGAAUUGUCCAUUUAUGUGCCGGCGCUCAAUCGCACGGUGACGGCCCGUGAGUCGGGUUCAAACAAGAAGUCUGCCAGCAAGUCAUGCGCCCUGUCCCUGGUGCGCCAACUUUUCCAUUUAAAUGUGAUAGAGCCCUUUAGUGGAACUCUGAAGAAAAAAAAGGAUGAGCAGCUGAAGCCAUAUCCGGUGAAGCUUUCGCCAAAUCUGAUAAACAAAAUUGAUGAGGUGAUUAAGGGUUUGGACCUUCCUGUCGUAAACCCGCGCAAUAUCAAAAUCGAACUGGACGGUCCUCCGAUUCCUCUCAUUGUGAACUUAAGCCGUAUAGAUUCCUCGCAACAGGAUGGCGAAAAACGUCAGGAAAGCUCCGUGAUUCCGUGGGCUCCUCCUCAGGCAAACUGGAAUACGUGGCAUGCCUGCAACAUCGACGAAGGCGAACUGGCAACCACCUCUAUUGAUGACCUUUCGAUGGACUACGAACGCUCGCUGCGUGAUCGCCGCCAAAACGACAACGAGUACCGACAAUUCCUCGAGUUCCGCGAAAAGCUGCCCAUUGCAGCGAUGCGGUCGGAAAUUUUAACCGCAAUUAAUGACAAUCCAGUGGUAAUCAUUCGUGGAAACACAGGGUGCGGAAAGACUACCCAGAUUGCCCAAUACAUUCUUGAUGACUACAUCUGCUCCGGCCAGGGCGGGUACGCUAAUAUUUAUGUGACCCAGCCUCGUCGCAUUUCAGCCAUUUCUGUGGCCGAGCGCGUAGCUCGCGAGCGGUGCGAGCAAUUGGGCGACACUGUAGGCUACUCGGUGCGAUUUGAGUCUGUGUUUCCACGACCCUACGGCGCAAUCCUCUUUUGCACCGUGGGUGUGUUGCUGCGCAAGCUGGAGGCUGGCUUACGAGGAGUGUCGCAUAUUAUUGUGGACGAAAUCCACGAGAGAGACGUGAACAGCGACUUUUUGCUGGUCAUCCUUCGCGACAUGGUCGACACAUAUCCGGACCUGCAUGUUAUUCUUAUGUCGGCCACUAUUGAUACAACGAAAUUUUCCAAAUAUUUUGGCAUCUGUCCCGUAUUGGAAGUACCCGGAAGAGCAUUUCCCGUGCAGCAAUUUUUCUUGGAGGACAUUAUUCAGAUGACAGACUUUGUGCCUUCGGCGGAGUCGCGCCGAAAGCGCAAGGAAGUGGAGGACGAGGAGCAAUUGCUUUCCGAGGACAAGGACGAGGCGGAAAUCAACUAUAACAAGGUGUGCGAGGACAAGUAUUCACAAAAGACUCGAAAUGCUAUGGCCAUGCUAUCCGAAUCGGACGUUAGCUUUGAGCUGCUGGAGGCAUUAUUGAUGCAUAUUAAGUCAAAAAAUAUUCCCGGUGCUAUCUUAGUAUUCCUGCCCGGUUGGAACCUGAUCUUUGCGCUUAUGAAGUUUCUGCAAAAUACAAACAUUUUUGGUGAUACAUCCCAAUACCAAAUUUUGCCGUGCCACUCGCAGAUUCCACGAGACGAGCAACGCAAGGUUUUCGAGCCUGUUCCAGAAGGCGUAACCAAGAUUAUACUUUCUACCAACAUUGCAGAGACUUCUAUAACUAUUGACGACAUUGUUUUCGUAAUUGAUAUAUGUAAGGCGCGCAUGAAGCUCUUUACUUCACAUAACAACCUAACCAGCUACGCCACCGUUUGGGCAAGCAAAACCAAUUUGGAGCAGCGCAAGGGCCGAGCUGGACGUGUCCGACCAGGCUUCUGCUUCACACUCUGUUCGCGUGCCCGCUUCCAAGCGCUAGAGGACAAUCUUACGCCGGAGAUGUUCCGCACACCGUUGCACGAGAUGGCGUUGACCAUUAAAUUACUCAGACUGGGCUCCAUUCACCACUUUUUGUCAAAGGCAUUGGAGCCACCUCCGGUAGACGCAGUAAUCGAAGCUGAGGUGUUGCUUCGCGAGAUGCGCUGCCUUGACGCUAACGAUGAACUUACUCCAUUGGGGCGCCUGCUGGCACGCCUCCCAAUUGAACCAAGACUUGGAAAGAUGAUGGUCCUCGGCGCAGUAUUUGGCUGCGCCGAUCUAAUGGCCAUUAUGGCUUCGUACUCUAGCACCUUCUCAGAGGUGUUUAGUCUUGAUAUAGGUCAACGUCGCCUGGCAAAUCAUCAGAAAGCGUUGAGUGGUACCAAAUGUUCCGACCACGUGGCAAUGAUUGUAGCUUCACAAAUGUGGCGGCGCGAGAAACAACGCGGUGAGCAUAUGGAAGCUCGGUUCUGUGACUGGAAAGGACUGCAAAUGAGUACUAUGAACGUUAUCUGGGAUGCCAAGCAGCAGUUACUGGAUCUCCUUCAGCAGGCAGGAUUCCCAGAAGAGUGUAUGAUAUCGCACGAGGUAGACGAAAGGAUUGAUGGGGAUGACCCCGUGCUGGAUGUGUCCCUGGCGCUGCUGUGCUUGGGUCUCUACCCCAACAUUUGCGUGCACAAGGAGAAGCGCAAAGUGCUGACUACAGAGUCUAAAGCAGCGUUACUGCACAAAACCUCGGUGAAUUGCAGCAACUUGGCCGUCACAUUUCCGUAUCCGUUCUUCGUUUUCGGCGAGAAGAUUCGCACGCGAGCUGUUUCCUGCAAGCAACUAUCUAUGGUCUCGCCCUUGCAGGUGAUAUUGUUUGGAUCGCGCAAGAUUGACUUGGCCGCCAACAAUAUAGUGCGCGUUGACAACUGGCUUAACUUCGACAUAGAGCCGGAACUUGCGGCCAAGAUUGGUGCCCUUAAGCCGGCCCUGGAGGAUCUUAUCACGGUGGCGUGCGACAACCCUUCCGACAUACUUCGCCUUGAGGAGCCCUAUGCACAGCUGGUCAAAGUGGUCAAAGACCUUUGCGUUAAGAGCGCCGGAGACUUCGGACUGCAGCGUGAAUCAGGAAUUCUGCCGCACCAAUCACGUCAGUUCAGUGACGGCGGAGGACCGCCCAAACGAGGUCGCUUUGAGACAGGACGCUUUACUAACAGCAGCUUUGGUCGCCGUGGAAACGGCAGAACUUUUGGAGGAGGAUAUGGAAAUAAUGGAGGAGGAUAUGGAAAUAAUGGAGGAGGAUAUGGAAAUAUUGGAGGAGGAUAUGGAAAUAAUGCAGGAGGUUAUGGAAAUAAUGGUGGAUAUGGAAAUAAUGGCGGAGGUUAUAGAAAUAAUGGUGGAGGAUAUGGAAACAAUGGCGGAGGAUAUGGGAACAAGAGAGGUGGAUUUGGAGACUCAUUUGAAAGCAAUAGAGGAUCAGGCGGCGGCUUUAGAAAUGGCGACCAAGGCGGCCGCUGGGGUAACUUUUAACGGAUACAUAAAAAAAAUGUAUUGGUUUUUUCAAAAACAAAAAGAAUAAUAAACAUUACUAUUCGCAUUUCGAUAUGCUGAAGGGAUUAUACAAAU